UUUCUAUUAAAUAUGCGGAGAGAGAGGGAGUUGUAAAUGCAACAGAAACAGGCGAUAAAGAAAAUGAAAGACAACAAUCCAAAACCAUUCUUCAUACCAAGAGGAAGAUGUUUCUUAUUUUCUCUCCUCAUUUCCAUACCUUUUCUCCUUCUUUUCUCCUACCCAACCUCCUUCUCCGUCCGAUCGGAGGAGGGUCUUAAGAUCCGACCGGGUUACGAGUCCUACGAAUCGUACAUUCAGCGUCAGCUCAACAAGACCCUCAACCCGAAGCUCCGCAAGAUAUGGACGACCCGAGACUGGGCCAGAAAGAUCCAGGUCUUCAGCGCCUUCUUCGGCGAUCUCAAGGGCGCCGCCCUACUCUCCAACUCGUCCAAGGCGUUGUGUAUCGGCGCCCGGAUGGGCCAGGAAGUGGAGGCGUUGCGGCGGGUCGGGGUUUCGGACUCCAUCGGCAUGGAUCUCGUCCCCUCACCGCCGCUGGUGGUGCGCGGCGACUUCCACCGGCAGCCCUUCGCCGGCGACACGUUUGAUUUCGAAUUCUCCAACGUGUUUGAUCACGCCCUCUACCCCGAUAAAUUCGUCGGGGAGAUCGAACGGACGCUAAAGCCCGGAGGGGUUUGCGUCUUACACGUGUCAGUCACUAAACAAACUGAUAAAUUCUCAGCCAAUGAUUUGUACAGCAUCGAGCCAUUGAAGAAACUGUUCAAGCAGUCCGACUUGGUUCGGACUCGGACCAUAGACGGGUUUGGGUUGGAUACGGAAGUAGUUUUUCGGAAAAAAUCCCAACGGUGACGACGAUCUCUUAGUUUUUAUUUUAUUUUUUUUUAUUUUUGAAUACAGUUGGGAUUUUUUUUUUUUUUUGAGAAUACAGUUGGGAUUCUUUUCUUUUCUGGCAAAUUAAAUUGGCUGGCGGAAUCUUGCUUUCCUAUGUAUAUUUACCUUUUCACUUGUAUUUCUAAUAUAAGUAGUUUUUCAGACGUUUUGGGCAAA